CUUUAAUUAAAAAAAAUUGUGUCUUAUUUUUCACUCCCAAAAAGGAUUUAUAAUUUAAAAAAAAAUGGCUGGAGAGGAUCAGGAUCUUCUAGAAAAUACUGUCAAAGUCAAAUUACUAACAAUUCAAAAUGGACAAAAACCCGAAAAAGGAGUCAUCCCUUUUUCAGAAGCCUUAGAAAAGACAAAAUUUGGAAAAUUCAAUUACUUCCUAAUCAUCAUUGCUGGCUUAGUGUUGGCUAAUGUUCUCCUCGAAACAGCAUCCAUUGGCUUCAUUCUACCCAUUUCACAAUGUGAUAUGCAACUUACAAACCAAGAUAAAGGAAUUUUAAGUGCUAUCGGUUUUCUUGGUAUUAUUUUAAGUUCACAUUUAUGGGGUUUCUUGGCCGAUACAAAGGGCCGAAGAAAAGUCAUUCUACCAACUUUAUUAAUGGCUUUUGUCUUCACUGUCCUAUCAUCAUUUUCUCAUAAAUUUUGGCUUUUAGUGCUUUUGAGACUUAUCAAUGGAUUCUUUGUAUCUGGAGGAUCAGCUACUAUAUACGCUUAUUUGGGUGAAUUCCAUACUGAUCGCUCAAGAGCCCGUGCUAUGAUGGGAUCAUCAUUUAUUUUUGCCCUUGGAGCUAUGAUUCUCCCAUUGAUUGCUUGGCUAGUUAUUAACCAAGUUUGGGAAUUACCAAUACCGUUUUUGGGUAUAACCUACAAACCAUGGCGUUUUUUCAUGAUCGUUUGUGGUAUUCCUGGAUUUUUAUGCGGAUUAUUUUUAAUAUUCUUGCCAGAGAGUCCGAAAUUUUUACUCUCUGUUGGCAAGGACAAAGAAGCUAUUGAAGUAUUAAAGAGAAUGUACAGAUGGAAUGUUGGAGAUGAUAGUGAAUUUGAGCUCAAUGGAAUUAUUCCAGAAAAAGACACAACCAUUAGAAAAGAAGAAAAUUCAGAUAAAAAGUCUAAUAUUGUAACUGCAUUUUUGAGCACAAUGUGGGCACAAACUGUGCCUCUAUUUGAAAAGAAAUACUGCCGAAUAACUGUGAUAAUUUGUACCAUUCAAUUCUGGCUGUAUGUUACAACAAAUGGAAUGUAUAUGUGGUUCCCACAUAUUGCAAAUAGUAUGGUGGAAUUUAUGAAGGAACAUCCUGGCAAUAAGACUCUGAUUUGUGAAGUGGUCUAUGCCAAGCAUGCAUCCAUUUAUAAAGAAGAUGGGUCAAUGACAUGCCAAGCCAGUCUUGAAGAUAACACAUUUAUGUAUUCAUUGGUAAUGGAAAUACUCUAUGCAACAGGUUUUGCUGUAAUUGGAGUGAUUAUCAACAGAGUUGGAAAGAUUCCAAUUUUAUUUGUUGUAUUGAUUUUCUUUGCAUCAUGUGGAAUUGCAUCAAUUCAUGUGGAUAAUCCAUCAAUUUCUGUAUAUCUUUAUGUACUUUUGUUCUUAGCAGGAGUUGGAAUUAAUGUUCUUGGUGCUGCAACAGUAGAAUUAUAUCCAACUCAUUUAAGAGGAAUGGCGAUAUGCAUUUCAUUGAUGUUUGGUCGUCUAGGAAGUGUUGUUGGAGCAAAUAUUGUUGGACUUUUGCUAGCUGAACAUUGUGAAUCAACAUUUUAUAUAUCCACAGUAGCAUUGAUACUAUGUGGAUUUUUGGCAUUCUUAAUACCAAAACAGGAAAAACAAAAAGGAGAUGAAGAAACUGGCCUUGAUGAAUGAAAAGGCCAUAGACUGAUUUUAGAAUAAGUUUUAAUAAUAAAUGUAUAUUUUGUUAUAGUUAGUCAAUUAUAACUAUAAAGAAAAACUACAAUUACAAAUAAAGACGAUAGUUUUGGAUUUUAAAUUUAA